UCUAGCAGAAGAUGCCCAGGCGCGCUUCGUGCAGUCGGACGCGGUUUCUGCGUCGUUCUGGAGUGAUUACACCGGGUCUUUAAAGCAGUGUGUUUGUGCGAAGCUGGAAAACAUGAUUUUUAAAACCAAAACAUAAGCACUAAAUAGAAGGAUAAUAGAAGUUACUACAAAGGUACAGUGUGCUGCAUAAGAACAACCUUCAUGUACCUUCACCUCCACGUGGAUUCCACAGAGGCUCAAGCUUUUCAUGGAAAACUGCCUAGAAGUGCCAAUAGCCAGGAAGUAACAGCCAUGGAUGUUGUUCCCAUCCCUCCACCUCUGCUUCCCCCUCCACCUCCACCUCCUCCACCUCCACCACCUCCUGCUCAGGUCCCUUCCAUCAGCCGGCGUGGCUCUGUGCAAAAGCAGCGGCUUCGCAACCUGAACUGGGAGCGAAUUCCUAAGGAGCGGGUGGAAGGACGUCAGAAUGUGUGGAGUGGCGCGCUGACUGCUGGAGAAGACGAUGACUUCCCUAUUGACCUACGCUCGCUGGAUGAGUUGUUUAGUCAGAAGGAGGCACGGAAAACGGAGGGAACUGACAAUUUCAGGCACAGCCUGCGCCGUUGCAGGUCCCCGCAGAAAACAGGCAAUGAGAAGGUUUCUCUACUUGAUCCAAAGCGCAGCAUGAAUGUUGGGAUUUUCCUCCGCCAGUUCAAAAUUGCAGCAAAUGAGAUUGUGGCGGAUGUGAGGCAGGGGGACGGGGAGCGUUACGGUGCAGAAAAACUGUCUGAGCUCUGCAAACUGCUGCCUGAUGCUGAAGAGGAAGCACAGCUGAAACGAUUUAACCGUGACCGUAGUUUGCUCAGAGAGCCAGACCUCUUCAUGCUCUUACUCGUCGAAGUACGAAAUGUUCGCCUGCGUCUAGAUGCCAUGAUCCUGCAGCAGGAGUUCGACCCCGCAGUGACCUCUCUGUGUGUGGCGGCCAGAUGUCUGGGGGAGGCAGCUCGAGAGCUUCUGAAUUGCCACAAGCUUCACUCUAUCCUCCGUCUGGUGCUGAGGGCAGGGAACUACAUGAAUGCUGGAGGCUACGCAGGGAACGCAGCCGGCUUUCGGAUCGCCUCACUGCUCAAAUUGGCUGACACCAAAGCCAAUAAACCAGGCGUGGACCUCCUACAUUUUGUUGCCAUGGAGGCUGUGAAGAAAGAUGAGGAUCUACUGACGUUUCCCAGCCAGCUGAGUCAUGUCAGUACAGCAUCAAGGCUGUCAGAGGAGACCGUGUUGGAGGAUCUGUCCCGCUUACACAGUAGAGUGGAGACACUGAGAGUCAGUGUGCAGACAGAUUCAGAGCUUGAACAGCAGAUGAGACCGUUCAUCGAGACCGCAAAAGUGAGGCUUUUGGAAGCUGAAGAAGAGGUAGAAAGCUUGCGUAAGACCAGCCAGGCCUUGGUGGAAUUCUUCUGUGAAGAUGAGAGCUCCUUCAAGCUGGAGGAAGCCUGUCAUGUCUUUCACUGCUUCUGCCUUCGCUUCCAAAGAGCUGUGCGAGAGAACGCUGAUCGCGAGCUGCAGGAGCAGAGGCGUGAAGAACGGCAGCGGGAGAACCUGGAGAAGCGGCGUUCACUGGCAGUCUGUAGUGGCUCUGAGCUUGAUGACCUGGAGCGCACUCUUGAGAGAAACUUGAGCUACACCUGGAGCCGGCGCAGCCUUCGACGACAGCCGCAACGCUUUCACAGUUUUCAGGACAAGAGCUUGGAGCCCAGUUCCCUUCAGAGCAAAGACCUACAACAGCCCCUCAAGUCAGAGGACAACAGUAAAAAUUCCCAGCUUAUGAGACAUUCGUUGAAGGAAUGUGUAAAAACAGUAAAUGGUUUGAACAAAAUUGAAAUGGAUUCUAUAUUGUUAGAGGAAUGUGUGUUGCAAUCCGUCGUCGAUGGAAAUAUGGCAGCUACGCCUGACACGACUGCUACAAUACAGCAAGAGAGGGAGAUGAACACGUCGCCAGUUAUGGGAUUAAACUUUAACAAGGUAAUGAAAGUUGAAACGCAGGUUAACAAAACCUCUGAAAUGGUAAAGCAAGUAAAGACGGACACAGUUCUAGAAACCGACUGUAUUAAAGCUAGCACCCAGGAAUCUGACGGAGUGGCCAUUCAGGCCAAUGCCAAGAUCUCACAGGGAUCCGGUCAUCUAGAAAUCUUGCCCCAGUUGGCGCAGGAAGCUGGGCCGAUCAGCCCAGAGAGAGAGCGACAGUACCCAUGGGUGGGUGAGACCUUGGAAUGCCAUACUCUAGUGAAGGGUCUGCACUCAUAUGAAGCUCUGUCACCCACUGGACAAAGGGCAGCACCAAGCCAUUGCUCAAAAUGGAAAAAAGAGAUGGGGGCUGAAGAGAGAGAUGGUGCAAGCUUGCCACAAUCUAAGGAUGCUCCCAAAACACUCAACAAAUGUCCCUCUAAAAGAGGACUGGCCUCACAAUUCGGGCCUUGUAACAGCUCCGGUAUUCCUAGAGCACGUUCCAAGCCUGAGCCAAGUUUGUCCGAGGGAUCAGCAACUCCCCGUGGAUCACGUUUAACCUCUACUCGCUCCGUCUCCAUGCGCUCUCCAAUAGUCACAAGGCCCCGCAGUAUCCAGGUUGAGUUGAAGCGCAGCAUCAGCACAAGGGAUAAAGCAAUUUCCCAUUCUGACAGAAUGGUGAAGCAGAACUGCCAACCUCCUGAAAAACCCAGCCCAGAGCACAAGACACUUCCCAGCAGUCACCAGCAGUUAGUUCGGGGUUCACCCUUGCGUGUUUCAAAGUGGUUCGCGCCCCAUACAGAAUCCCAAAGCCCAUGUCAGGCUCACACCAUCCAGAGUCCAACUGCAGCUAGUAACACAAAGGCUGUCCGGACUGCAGUAAUCAAUGCAGCCAAAGCCAAAUCAGCCAAGAAUGCAGACACAGCAUCCUCUAAGGCAGCAGCAGGUUCAAGAACUGCUGGCCCUAAAAUCCCACGACCUGCCACUCAACCCAUGUGGCGAUGAUGUUUGAUCUCCUAAUAUUUUUCAGUUAGUGCUGAUUGAUGUACCUCUGGACACCUCUGUGUCUGUUUGUGUCUUUAAGGUGAUUUUAAGGUGAUUGUGUAUGCAGGUAUUUGUACUGAAGGCAAGAGGGAUUGAAUGAACCUGUGUUCUGGGUUGGACUGAAGUGACUCCAAUACCCCUCCCCCUCCCCCCAAACCGUCAAUUCAGUCUUUUUCCCUAGCUCUGUCUGUCCAAAAUGCCAUUCAAUAAAGGAGCCAUUCAUUCAGUUUGCUCAGUAGGGCCUGAGACCAGGGCAUGGAAAAGGAUCCUUGCGAGGAUAGUCACUCCUCUCAGAGUCUUCCACUGAAUCAGGUGUCCCUAUGUGAUUUGUCCUCACUUUUCAGCAGGGUGACUGUUAAUGAUGUAGAAACAAUCUACAGAGCUGGAUGCAGAAGUGCCUUUAGCUCGCCCACUACCUCUGAACACUAGCAUGCUCUGUGCAGGUUACAGAGCACCUCUGGAGAGAAUUCAGAAAGGAGUUUCUGAUGGAACAUUGCUAUUCGGAACAAGGGCUAUUAUUUUGGACCAGAACAUAUUUGUUGUUCUUAGCUUUCUGUCUUAAUGUUAUGCCUUAGUUUUCAGUGCAUCACGUGGCAUUAAGUGUAAAUGCUGAAUAGGUAGAAUGAGACAUUGCACUGUGGUGUAAGGCCCUAAAUCUGAUAACUCUAUUUUUUAUACUAGCCUGCCUAAAUAGAUAGUCCACCUUCUACCCAACAGUCCUUACACCAGAUCAGAGCAACUUUAGUUCAAAUUAGGUACAAGGUUUUGUAGCCUAUUUGAAGGUAAUUAGGUCUUAAUUCAGUCCCAAAGCUAUGAGACUGCCUCUGUUGGACAGAGGUGUAUGAAAUGCUGCCUAUUGGUAUAGGGCUAGCCUUUUUUUUUUUUUUUUUUUUUU